AAGUAUCUAUGGCCGUGAAAAUGGCAAAGAAGAUAGAUUAUUUGCCUUGUUUUACUAAAGAAAGAAUAGUAUUGGAGAAACUGUCGGAAUUGGAAUCACCCCAUAUUCCAAAGAUCCUAUUUUACAAUGAUGACGUACUUGUUUUGACUCCACUUGGUGAGAAGAUUAAUAAUUUGCGAAAGAAAGAUAUCAAAGAUAUCAUUACCACCCUCCAAAAUGCUCAUUCACUUGGAAUCAUACAUAGAGAUCUUAGGAAAUUUAACCUUUAUCGUAAUUUGGAUGAUUUAUGUGAAAAUAUUCUUAUUGUCGAUUGGGGUUACAGCGUAAACAACUCUGAAAGCGCCAUAUUUGCAGGGGCAUUGGAAUGUAUGCCAGACUAUGUCCUGCAAUCAUUAAUCAACGGAGAACAGAUUGCUUAUGGACCACAAGUUGAUUUGACCUGUUUUGUUCGUUCAUUCUAUUUAAUGCUCCAUAGACCAACGUUAGAUAGAGUUCCCUUCGGCAAAGAUGAUAAUAUCGAAGAACGAGCACAUAUGUUAUUAAAUUUGCUAUGAUCAGUUAAUUCAAGAGCUUGAAAAGUUAUUUUAGAUAGCUAGUUUUAGGUGUAUCUCUUUUAAUGGCUUUGAUAUAAACAAAAAAUAUAAAUGUAAUAUUAUAGCUCAUUGUUUUCCAUCACGUAUUAAACACUGAUAAAGCAUUGUUCACC